AUGGGUAAUCCAAAUGAGUCAGCUACAAAAAAGCGAAGAAGAGUAAGGCAAGCUUGUGAUUACUGUCGUACCAAAAAAGCAAAAUGUGAUGGUCUUGCUCCCGCUUGUACAAACUGUGUGAUAAACGAAGAAGCAUGUCAAUACACACAAGCAUCCAAAAGAAGAGGACUACCCAGUGGAUAUACGCAUGAUUUAGAGAAGAAAGUGGUAUUGUUUCAAGCAAUGUUAGCUUCUUUAACUGUGAGUGAUGUCUCCAAGAAUACAGAAGCUAAUUUGAUUCAUAUGUUGACGGAAGAUAAAUCGACAUUUUUGACCAGUAUUAAACAGUUACAACUGGUUUGGGAUUCUUGUGGAUUGUCGGAUCUAUUUGAUCUGUUCAUAUUGGAGAAUAAUACAAUUAUACAUGAUGCUAAGGCAUCUACUUCAAAAUUAACAACAUCACAAUCAAUACAAAAACUGCAGUCAUUAAGUGAACACUCUCUGCUUCCACCAAGCGUUGCACCUCCUCCGGGUCCGCCACUGGGUCCUCCACCUCAAGAGCUACUAGCUCAACAACAACCAGAAACGCAACCAGAAAUUGUUCAGCCUAAUAAUGGGCUGGUGAUGGCACAACAACAAUCAGCUCCGCUACUUCCGGUUCCUCAAAGACAUUUACCAGCCAUGGGAUCAGGGCAUAUGCAACCACUUCCCCUUAUAGAAAGAGGUCCCCAACAACUAAAGCAACAACAACCACUUUCUCAAUCUCAAUCACCUCCAAUAGGAGUACAAUUCCCCAAAGUCGAAUCAUCCACCUUUAAUCAACUCUUGAAUACAUAUUCAGAACAUUUCAUCAAUGAUCCGUCAUUCUUUUUGAAUUAUGAUAUUUUUCAAUUCAUUUCUGAAGAAGAAGGCGCAACUCCAGAAGAAUGGAUUCCGGUUGCUUUGCAAUAUCAUGGAUUAUCAUCAUUAAUCUCGGGUUUCACUAUAAAAGCAAUCCAACAAUAUCAUAGUAAUAGAAUGUUAGUUGAUCAAAAGAAUCCAUUCCGAGUAGGUUCAAUCUUCAAUGUUUCAUCAUUUGCAAUCGAUGCCGCCAUAUCCAACCGUAUCAAAAUCCCAUUAGAAAUAUUUCAAUUCCCGCUGAAUUUACGAGAAAUGGUAGAUAAUUAUUUCCAAAUCUAUCACCCAUUAAUCCCCAUGCUCGAUCGUAUCUCCAUCCUCCGUCAAGUCCAUCAUCUCCAAUCCAUCAUCGGGAAUAACAACGUCGAAAAACAAACCCUUGCAAAUACCGACUGUAAUUUAAUAGCCCUAGUAUGGGCAGUCUUGGCCUUAGGAGAACUCGCAACCGCAACCACCCCAGAAACCGCCAAUGUUAAAUAUAUCCAAACGGCAAUCUAUGCCAAAAAUGCCAUCAUGUCGCUUGAGAAUUCCUUAACGUCCACCAUUGAAACCAUUCAAGCACAAGUAUUGCUCGGAUUCUUCUAUUAUCAACUCGGACAAUGGGAUUUCUCAUGGGUGCUUAUUUCAUCGGGGUCGAGAAUGGCGAUUGAUGUCAGAUUGAUGAGACACGCAAGUAGUUCCGCCAAGGAGGAUGAGAAUAUCAAAGAAGAAGAAAAGAAAUAUCGGGCAACUUGGGAUAAUAUCAAUCGAGAAAGGACUUGGGCCGUGGUGUAUAUUGUCAACACUUUGUUGGCCGCGAGAAUGGGGAGGUCACCUGUGGUUAGGGCCCUGGAUUGGCCAAUUCCGCAGAUUAAUAGUGAUGGAUGGGAGGAAUGGGAUAGUUGGACAUGUUUCCAUUCUGGGGAGAUCCAUUUGGAAAAUGGGCGGUUUUUGUCAACGUUUAAUGAGUUUAUUAAGGUGAUUUCGAUCUUGAAUUUAGCUAUUACUUCGAAUAUCGAUACUUCUAAAGAGAAUAUUCACAAGGAGGACGAGCAUAAUAGUGCCGAAGUGAGUGAACAUGUUGUUGUAGAUUAUGAUGAUUGGAAGAAUUCGAAUAGUUUGACGAUUGGUCAAUUUGAAGAGAAAUUAUCCGAUUGGAGUCAUGGGUUACCUGAAUAUUGUCGAUUACAACACUUUUCUAAUCCAAGUUGUCUCCCACCUUCAAUCUCAUUCCUCCAUUUAGCACGUGCGUUAACAUGGUGUAUAUUAGCAGUUCGAUUAAGUUCCCUUAAAGGUGGCGAUGAGAUCAAAGACAGACUCAUCCACUCCAGAGAUGAAAAAUAUACUCGGGCAGUAAAAUGGAUUCGAGGAUUAAUUAAUGAAAAGAGUUUGGUCAAUCUUAAAUAUUUCCCAUUUGUUGACUAUGCCCUAAUUAUGGGAUUUAAUUUCCCCAAUAUGAUGAAUUUUAGUACUGAAGAAGAGAAAUUAAGACAUUGUCAAGACAUUAAAACUUGUUUGGUUCAUGCUAGUGAAACUUCGACCCCAUGUAAGAUUUCGUAUGAUUUGUACCGGAUUAUGAAUAAUGAAGAAAUUGAUAUGAAACCAAGAGUAAACUUCUUCAAUCCCCAUCAUUCUAGGAUUAACGGCGCCCCCACUACUACUACCAUACCAGGUACUUCCAAUCCUGCUAAUGGAAAUCGCGAUUCACCAAUAAUUUCAGAAUACAUAAAUUCCGCAUCCCAAGUCUCAACAGCAGUACAGACGCCAUUAGACGCCCAACUGAAAACCAUUCUCGCGGGAAUAAACGCUUUAAGUCCCCCCUCACUUCCACCUACAACUAACUCCAUGCAACUGCUGCAAACGCUUCCUCCAAUGAGUGGUGGUCCAAGUAAUGAAGCGACUCCCAAUUCUGGACUUGAUUUGUUUAUGAUUAAUAGAGGGUAUUUGAAUAUCCAAGGUGGGAUCAACAGUGGGGUUGGGAAUGGAGGUAUGGCUGGACAUUUGACUCCGCCGAUUCCGCAGGCGAUGUAUUCCUCGAUAUAUGACCAUAGUCCACAGCAUAAGGGACCAGGGGGGGUAAGGAGACUGUUUGAUGGAGAAGGGGGACAAGGGGGAUCGUCGAUGAAGUAUGAAGUAAAGAGAGAAUUAUAA